CCGUUGUUGUAUUUACAAGUGGGGAUAUAAAACAAUUGCGAUGACAGUAUCAACGUAGAUGCUUUACUAUUUUAUUAAACAAGAUCCGACUCUUGAGCAAGUAUUUAAAAUAAUAUAAACGGAUCAUAUUGAAUGUUAAUUAUAAAAACUCACAUGUUAGCAUUUAUUCUGACAUAUAAAUAAAUUCAAUGAUGUUUUCGAUUGGAUAUUUUGGUUUUGUAAACGUACCGCUGUGUUAUAUAAUUGUUUCUGUCAAAGUCGGAUGUAUGCUGUCCCAACCGCCAUCUUUGAUGUUGAAAACGAACAUAACUCACUUUAGCACGGAUAUCGAGUGUGACAUUACCGGUUUUACAGCGACAAAAAUUCGAUUUUAUGAAAAUCUGAACGAGGUAGUACAUAUUGGUCAAAGUGGACAGUCUUGUGCAAAAUGGUUUUCGGGGCCGCCCAACUAUUUCGAUUGUACGUGCAUAAUUAAUAAGACCGCAGUGUGUACAAUUGACGUUGAUCGGUACGGAAAGGUUUGUCCAAAAUGGCAAUGCGCAGUCCUAAACGAAGGUGUUCUGCAUUACAGCAACUAUAUUGACGUGUGUAACUCAAACAAAACCCACUUUACAACAAAGAUAAUUGACGAUGCCGAUUGUUCUGGUCGUAUACCAUUUAGAGUGAAAUGGACCAUAUUUGGAUUGAAAAUUAAGCAUAAUAUGAUUACAUCUAUAUUGAAGACAUUUAUAACAGCUAAUAUAAGUUCCUUUGUGGAAAAAUAUACGUCAUACCAACAUGCGUCCAUAGCUACGUGUACUCUGAAGAAACGUGAGUCGGAAAACUGGAAUUUGAGCAUAUUGGAUGCAUCGCUAUUGUGCUCAAGCAACAGUGAUAUGCCCCAUAAUAAAACAUGUAAGGCCACCGAUGGAAACCCGAUGGUCACUGUGAUCAGAGAGCCGAAUAUCCGGUCACAAUGUCAGUCGAUUCGGACGACACCAGCACCGGACACGCUGACUCUGUGUGAGGCUGUUAACAGGAAAGACUUAGGGGCAAAACGUUAUGUCGGAAAUAUGACUGGUCUAUUCAAACUGGAGAUUCUUGUCACAGCAUCGGUGAUGAAAUUCUUUGUGGAAGGUUUCAACAAUCAGACACACAUAACGUUCAACGAAACAACCAAAAUAACGUUACGUUGCCAAGGUGAUGGAUUCCCAUCCCCGACCAUGCACUUAUUAAAAAACGGUAUUGAGUACAGUGUUGGAAAUUCACCGUUUCGACCAACCAUGACACUUAAUGGAUCCCAGGAUACCGGAAAUUAUACCUGCAUUGCUGCAAAUGCACUCGGAAAAGACAACAAGACCGUUUAUAUCAGCUCUCAUAUUAAAAUGGAUAAUCAUCAAGAUCAGCCACCAGAUUCUAUGUUAAACAUGAAGGUCAUUGUCACCAUAAUAGCUGGAACAGGAGCGCUGGUACUGCUUGUGAUAAUAGUUUCCGCAGCCUGUGUGUACCGAUUUUAUAUACGAAUGAAAACAACAGAAAACGUCGUUUUGCCAAUGACUCACGUCACAACCACAACACCAACUACGUCUUCGAUACCAUUACGUGAACCGACCUUGAUUUAUAAUGAAAUUGACCCACAGAUGAUGGAUUCCGAUAGGCCAGUUGAAGACGACAAUGCCAGUAAUGUUUCACAGUACUCCUUAGGUGCAGCAGCAGAAGGUUUUGAUGAUUCACGAUAUCUGGAUGAGUCGCCACUGUAUCUCAUUGUGACUGAUUAGUGUGACAUUUUAUAGUUAUGAGCAAAUGUUAAGUGAAUCAGUGAUAUUUAAACGUCUCCGAAACACGUGAAAGAACAAUCAACCAGGGUGAUGUUUUUAUUUCUUAGAUUAUCCCAUACAUAUACGAAAAUACAGUAGAAACCUGUUUGUAUUAGUUGAUAUUUUCUUAUUAAAACAUUUGUAUUCGAACACGAUUA